UGGAGUCAUAAGGGGCACAUGAAGAGCCCCCAUUUAGCUUCCCUGGAAAAGGAGCUACGUUCUCCAUCCAAGACGAUGCUCCUUUCGGUGACUGGACCAGAAAAGAACAGCUCAGGCCCCACCUAGAGAGCCAGCCACUGUGGCUCCCCUGCUAUGGAGGAAGUGGCUAUGAUUGUCCCAAGUGUACAAUCUGAAGCCAGCGUAUCUGCCAAGAGCCACUGUCUGAGCUGCUGUCACCCUGAGGAUGUCCAUGGAGCAAGACACCAGAGCACUUCUGCCCACCCAGGGCACUGCCUGGGCCACAGCCUCUGUCCCAGUCGCCAGGCUCCAGGGUCCCCAGGGAGACUCCCACCAGGCCUGCUCUCAGGAGCCUCACAGCCCUUCCAGUGCUGAGGCACCCUACUUCGACCUGCCUCGCUGCCCACCGGCCCUGCAGGACCCACUCCGCACCACCACUUGUGUUGGCCAGUCUGUGCACAGCCUUGGUCUCGGCCUUGGGCAGGAGCCUCAGAGGGUCUGGUCCCCAACAACAGCUCUCCCUGCAGAGGGCCCUGCAGCUGCCCCAAAGAACAGGCACCAGGACUCCGAGGGGAUACCCUAUCUGGAGGGCCUGGCCUGUAGUAGCUGCACUGACGACAACGACAAUAAAGACGAGGACAAGGACCCCAACUCCAACACCAGCUCCAGCCAAGACAGCAAUACCCCUCAUGAUACCAGCAAUUCGUCUUCUGUGGAUUGGGACACUGCUGAGAGACCAGGGGUGGUCCCCAACAGGAACAGACUCACCGAGAUGAUCCCAAGGAGGCCUCAGGAGGGACUGAGAGCUGACAGUGUUCGAAAGGCCACCAGGUCCCCAGCCCGAGGAGACACAGCAGGCCAGAGAAAGGAGAAUUCUGGCAGUGGUGGACAGAGCGCUGGCCAGCACUGGGCAAAGCUGCGAUCAGAAAGCGGUUACUUCUCUCUGGAGCGACAGGGCUCAGGGCAAACCCAGGCUUCCUCCGGAACACCACCGAGCGGACCUCGGACCACCACCCAGGCUUCUUCUGCUCAAAGGGAUGUUCUCCAGGCCGCUUCUGCACAAGGAGCUCCCCAAACCUCCUCUCUGCCCCGAAACACCCAAAGGGACACACAGCAGAGCACCCCUAGAACCUCUUCUCCUUCCAGAGUAUCCCAGCGGGACACUCCUAGAGUCAUGUCCACCCAGCGGAAGAAUACCCCCCUCUCCUCUCCCCUCAGAGCCACUCCAGAGACCCUAAAGACCUCUGCACCAGAAGGUGGCACCCGUGUUACACCACCUCCUUGUGCCCAAGACUCCUCUCCCAACAGAACCAGCCAGCGGGACAGCUCUAGAACUCCCUGUGCCCAGAGGAACAACCCCAGGGCCUCCUCUCCCAACAGAACUACUCAGCGGGACAACCCCAGGACUCCCUGUGCCCAACGGGACAACCCCAGGGCCUCCUCUCNUCCCUGUGCCCAACGGGACAACCCCAGGGCCUCCUCUCCCAACAGAACUACUCAGCGGGACAACCCCAGGACUCCCUGUGCCCAGCGGGACAACCCCAGGACCUCCUGCACAUCACAGAAUACCCCCAGGACCCCUUCUACCCAAGCAGACAAGACUACAGCUUCUUGCAGCAAAUGGGAGCAUCUCCGAAGCGCCUGCACCCAACGAGACAACCCCAGGACCUUCUCUCAAGGCUGCACCCCAAAGGACAAUCCAGGACCACCCUCUCCCCGCCGUGCCACUCAGGGGAGUAGUUCCAGGAACCCUUCUCCCCACCGUACCAACAAAGAUAUCCCUUGGGCUUCCUUUCCCCUUCGGCCAACACAGAGUGACAAUCCCCGAACCUCAUCUCCAUCGCGCACCAAACAAAACCAGGUGCCUUGGGCAUCCAUUUCUCUCCGGCCAACCCAAGGGGACAAGCCUCAGACCUCAGCUUCUACCAGGCUAGCUCACAAUGACCCUCCCCAGCAGUAUUCGCCAUCCCUGGCCACCUCCUCCUCUUCCUCUCACAACCCUGGCCAUCCUAGUGCCUCUAGGACUUCAUCGCCUCUUCACGCAGCACCACGAGGGGCUCCCCAGACCUCUUUGGAGUCCUCUCAGCCACCCUGCACUGUGUGCAUCGGGCACCGGGACGCACCUCGCGCCUCUUCCCCACCUCGCUAUUUUCAGUAUGACCCUUUCCCCUUUUUCCCGGAUCCCCGCUCGUCUGAGAGCGAAUCCCCCCACCACGAACCCCCCUACAUGCCGCCUGCAGUGUGUAUUGGGCACCGCGAUGCCCCCCGGGCCACUUCGCCACCUCGUCACACCCAGUUCGAUCCCUUCCCCUUCCUCCCAGACACAUCAGAUGCUGAUAAUGAGUCCCCGCAGCACGAUCCCCCUCAGUUUCCCCCACCAGUGUGCAUUGGGUACCGCGAUGCUCCGCGAGCCUCUUCCCCACCACGCCAGUUCCCAGAGCCCUCCUUCUUCCAAGAUCUCCCCAGGGCCAGCACAGAGAGCCUUGUCCCUUCCACAGACUCUAUGCAUGAGCCUCCCCACAUUCCCACUCCUGUGUGUAUUGGGCACAGAGACGCUCCCUCCUUCUCCUCCCCGCCACGCCAGGCCCCGGAGCCUUCCCUCUUCUUCCAGGAUCCUCCUGGGACCAGUAUGGAGAGUCUUGCUCCUUCCAUUGACUCUCUGCAUGGCUGCUCACUGCUGCCCCCCCAAGUUUGCAUCGGCCAUCGGGAUGCACCCAGAGCCUCCUCUCCUCCCCGCCACCCACCUAGUGACGUAGGUCUCCUGGCACCCUCACCUCCACCAGGUAGCUCGGGCUCCCGGGGCUCAGCACCCCCAGGGGAGACCAGGCACAACUUGGAGAGGGAGGAGUACACCAUGCUGGCUGACCUGCCCCCACCCAGGAGGCUGGCUCAGAGGGGGCCGGAGCCCCAGGCACAGGGCAGCCACGAGGGCCGUACCCGCAGCCCUGGCCGAGCAGAGGUGGAGCGCCUCUUCGGGCAAGAGCGCAGGUGA